AGGUAGAAUUUUAAACACCUGAUGAUCUGAUCUUGAAGCAAUACUGAGCUGGCUAGAACUAAAAGAGAAGAGAAGAUAAUCACAACAAAGCCUUUGAGCCUGAAGGCAUGGUGAGCUGCGAGGAAAGUGCGGAGGUGUUAGAGUUCUGGGAGUAUAAUAAGACCAACUUGGGCCCUAAUUUCCUUCAGACGGCCGAGUGCCCUCCUCCUGAGUGGCUACCUCUUCUCAUCAUAGCGGGUGUCAUGUGGCUAGCUACUCUGAUAGUGACCUUGGUCAGCACUAGCAGGUUCGAUUCCUACAGAUGGAGCAAGACGUUUAUUUAUGUCAUGACGAGACGGGUGCUCUAUUACUAUGUACUUUACUCCUUGCUUAAUGUUUUCGUGAUACUGAACGCUAAAGGAACUCUCGUGUACACGUACCUGGGUGAUGUGCUGGAGGCGCUGUGCUUUCUCAACUUCUACAUGCUCAUCUGGUCUUACACAGGUGGAAUCGAGCAGACGAUGAAAAAGAUGAUAGGACUAGAGCUAAAUUUAGGACAACCUCCUUUCUGUUGGCUUUGUUGCUUUCCCAACAUUAAAAUAAGCGAAAGAUUCCUAUGGUGGAUGGAGAAGCUGCUGCAGCAGUUACCGGGUGUACAGGGUAUAGUGGGGUUAAUCUACGCAACUCUUGUCAGUAGCGGUGUUUCAGCCACUAUUUUCCAGCAUUGGGCUACCACUACUCUUUACAUAAUCAUGACGGUAUCGUUUAUGUUCUCUAUGUACGCUAUCGGAAUCCUCUUCGCUUGCUUGUCUCAGUUUGUGGUUGAGAGAAGCAUCAGGGCCAAGUUUGCUGUUUUUAAGAUAACAAUCGUCCUGGCCAAAGUUCAGGGAAUAAUCCUGUCAUUAUGCAGUAGCUCCGUUGACACGCACGGGUAUUACUCCAAAGAGAACAGGACAGACAUGUGGAACGCCUUCAUAGUCUGUGUAGAGUGCUUGGUACUAAGCAUAGUGGCUAACUUCCUCUACAAGAAGUCUGACUACGAUACCGGCCCCCUGGCACCUGUUCGAUACAAGAAGGACGUGGAUGAGAUAGACGAGUUAGAGAGUGGAAUGGAAGAAGUUGACCUCGGAAAACCCUCUCUUGUAAUACAGAAUCCGAACAUAUAGAUCCUCCAGUCAGAAUAUUGGACCGAUUAGCACAGCUAGUAUUUUGUCGCAUAUAUCUUGCCACAGCCGUACAGAGUCAAAAGUAGCUCAUCAAUAAGGGGCCAUCUACUUAGGAUGUCCGGCAAAUAGGGAGGGGGGGGGGGGGUUUGGAAAUUCGGACACAUCCGGACAGGGGGAGGGAGGGUGGUCUGAAAAUCUGCGAUGUUGGCGGACGUCCUAAGUAGAUGGCCCCUAUACUAAGCGACAUGGUGUGACUGGCCUGCUGAGCCCCCUUCAACCUUGUGUCAAUCAUCAGCCAACUGGAUAGGGUCACUCAUAUUGUAAAUAUAUAUCGUAACAUUCAUAAUAUAUAUAACAUUCAUAAUAUAUAUAACAUUCAUAAUAUAUAUAAUGAAAUAAAUUUAGACAGUUUUUAGAUGAAUAUUUUGUAAUUAUUAGGUUACCAUAUUUUAGAAUUUGAUUACCGAGAGAUGUUUAUAUUGACGACUUCAUAUUGUAUCGUAUUACAUUUUGAUAAAGUUUAAUUUAAUCGUCGUGAUAAUAUGCUGAUUAUCUCGG